UUUUAUGCCCGGGUCGUUUUGCUGGCUUUGGAGUUGCGGCCGCGAUCGGGAAUGAUCACUGAGGACUAGAAGACUGACGAGCCCUUUUGCGCUUUGGAUCUGCGUACGUGGGGAAAAAGAGAGACGGUUCUCUCUCUCUCUCUCUCCGCCCCGCCGCCUAUUUGCAGUCCCGGAGGACGCCCAAGGACUGUUAACCUGUGUCAGCAUGGAGGAUUUGGAAGACCUGCAAAUACCUUCUAUGCAAAUUUCCCCACCCAUCACUUGAUGUUCACCCUAGGAAACGGCCGUCCUUCUGCUCUGAUUAAAGACAUGAAAGGGCUGCUUUACCACCUUCCAGCCCUGGAGUCUAACCAAGCCUCCUCCUCCUCUCUCCCUCGGGAAGGAAGAGUCUGGGAUCUGGGUGAUGACAUCAGCUGCCACGAGCCAAGAAAAGGAGGCCUCUCGUUUCUCUCGGGACGUCCCUCGGCUGCGGAUUCUGACUGGGGCGAUGGGUUUGCACAGCCACCGUCUCCUGCUGAUGCUGCUGAUGCUCCCAGGCUUUGGCUCUCCGUUCAACAUUGACGUGAAGAGGCCUCAGAUCUUCCGCGGCCCACAGGAAGCACAGUUCGGAUACAAGGUCUUGCAGUACACAGCCCAGGGGCAGAAAUGGAUGCUGGUGGGAGCCCCCUGGGAUGGGACGGAAGACGACCGAAAAGGCGACGUUUACAAGUGCAUCGUGGGAGAGAAAAAUAAUUCAACUUGUGCCAAAGUCAACAUAGGUGACAUGGCUCUUCGGAACAACUCCAAGCAAAUAAAAAAUAUGCAUUUUGGAAUGACGCUUGUGGCCAACAAAGAUGACGGGUUUGUGGCGUGUGCCCCGCUGUGGUCCCAAGAAUGCGGCACAUCCAUGUUUAGCACCGGGAUCUGCACCAGUGUGGACGAGAACUUCCGGCCGAUGGAAAACAUCGCCCCGACGGCUCAGAGAUGCUCAACCUACAUGGACAUCGUAAUUGUCCUGGAUGGGUCCAACAGCAUCUAUCCUUGGUACGAGGUACAGAACUUCCUUAGCAACAUCCUCAGCAAAUUUUUCAUCGAUCCAGAGCAGAUCCAAGUUGGGGUCUUGCAGUACAGUGAGGUUGCCAUCCACGAAUGGACUCUUAAGGACUACCAAACAGCAGAGGAGGUCAUUGAAGCGGCCAAAAACAUUAGCCGACAGGAGGGUCUGGAAACGAGGACGGCUUCUGCAAUCCACAAGGCCUGCACAGAGGCCUUCAGUCCAGAACGAGGCGGGAGAGAGGGGGCCACCAAACUGAUGAUCGUGGUGACCGACGGGGAGUCCCAUGAUGGCGAAGAACUCCAGGACGCCCUGGAAGAGUGUGAGGAACGGAAUGUGACGCGCUACGCCAUUGCGGUGUUGGGACACUACAUCCGGCGGCAGAAAGAUCCAAACUCUUUCAUCAACGAAAUCAAAUACAUCGCCAGCGACCCCGACGAGAAGUAUUUCUUCAACGUGACCGAUGAGGCAGCCUUAAAUGAUAUUGUGGAUGCUUUGGGCGAUAGGAUAUUCAGCCUCGAAGGGACCCGCGAAUAUAGUUCCUUUGAGCUGGAAAUGUCCCAGAUCGGCUUCUCCACUCACCUUCUCGAGGAUGGGAUCCUCUUUGGCAUGGUGGGGGCCUACGACUGGAAUGGGGCCGUGCUGAAGGAGGGCAGGACGGGUCGCUUCAUCCCGCCGCGGGAAGCCUUUGAGAGGGAGUUCCCCCUGAAGCUGAAAAACCACGCUGCCUAUCUGGGCUACACAGUCUCCUCAAUCAAACUCAGGAACGGGAAGGGGCUGUACGUGGCCGGCGCCCCCCGUUUCAGACACAAGGGGAAGGUGAUCUUGUUUGAGAUGAACAGCGGCAGCAGCGUAACCAUCUCCCAAGCCCUGAUUGGAGACCAGAUUGGCUCAUACUUUGGCAGUGAAGUGUGUCCCGUGGAUGUGAACGGAGAUGGAAUCACAGACGUACUGCUGGUGGCUGCCCCCAUGUACCUGGGCCCUCAGAACAAGGAGACCGGUCGAGUUUACAUCUACAGAGUGGGGCAGUUGCUCCUGUCUUUCAAUGGGACCCUCCAUGCUGACCCCAAACCUCAAGACGCUCGCUUCGGCUACUCCCUCCUGGCCGUGCCUGACCUUAACCACGACAGCUUUAAUGACGUGGUGGUGGGUGCACCGUUGGAGGAUAACCACCAGGGCGCCGUCUACGUCUACCACGGGUACCGCACCACCGUGCUGCCGCGCUUCAAACAGCGAAUUGAAUCGUCCGGGCUCCGCCAGGGGCUCAGUUACUUUGGCCGCAGCUUGGACGGGCAGAUCGAUUUGGACGGGGACGGCCUGGUGGACCUUGCCGUUGGGGCUCAGGGUGCAGCCGUAGUCUUGAGGUCAAGGAGGAUUGUGCAGGUCAACGCCUCCAUCUCUGCCAACCCUUCCUCCAUCAAUGUGAUCCAGAAGAACUGCCAAAGGAACGGCAAAGAGUCCCUCUGCGUCACGGCCAACGUCUGCUUCGGCACGUCUUCUCGCUCUCUGGGCCCGAGGGACAGUCACUUUAGUAUAAAAUACAACGUCUCCCUGGACGACAGGAAGUUCGGCACCAGGGCGGUGUUUGACGGCAACUCCAAAAAGCUGCUUCAGAAGAGGAUUCGGGCCACUGUGGGCCGGACGGCCUGCUCGACGGCCCGCUUCCACGUCAUCGACACCUCGGAUUACCUGCGGCCCGUUGCGGUCAUGGUGAAAUUUGCGCUGAAUGACGCAGAGCCUGGCCCCGUGCUGGACGAGAAAUCGCCCGCCGCUGUGAAGAAACUGAUCCCCUUCUUCAAGGACUGCGGUGAGGACGAUGAGUGUAUAACGGAUCUGGUACUGCAAGCUCGGAUGGAUAUCACCGGAACCAGGCAGAAGCCUCACGUGAUCCGUAAAGGGAAGCGGAAGGUCGUGGUGGACGUCCUCCUGGAGAACAAGAAUGAGAAUGCCUACAAUGCCAGCCUUGGGCUCUGGUUUUCCAAGAACCUCCACUUCUCCAGCCUGGUGCUCAAGGGAGAAAACCCGGUGAAAGUAGAAUGCACCACCCCGAGCGCUCAAACGCGUGCGUGCAGUGUGGGCUACCCUGUCUUCAAGUCCUUGGCAAAGGUGGCCUUUGUCCUUGAGUUUGAAUUCAGUUGCUCUUCCCUUCUGAAUAGAGCCCAGGUGAAACUCACAGCCAGCAGCGAUAGCCGCGAAUUGAAUGAGACGCUGAGCGACAACACUGUGCAACCGCUGGCCCAUGUCCGUUAUGAGCCUGACCUUUUCUUGACCAGUGAGUCUACACUGAACCGCUACGAAGUACAUCCCAUUGGGACAUUUCCAGAUGGCAUGAGCCCUGAGUUCAAGACCACCAUCAAGGUGCAAAACCUCGGCUGCUUCACAGUGGGGAACCUCUCCGUCCUCAUGGAUCUGCCUGCCACAGCCUAUCAGAACAGUGAAUUCCUCAAGGUCACACGCAUCAUUGCAGAGAACGUGACCUGCAGCUUGCAAAAUCUGACCGAGCCGACGCAAAGGACAGCUGGGGGCGAGAUCCAUGUUCACCCAGAAGAUCUCGGACACACAGAGAAAUUGAACUGCACCAAUGCCGGGUGCCAAGCGGUGAGGUGCGAACUGUCACACCUCGAGAGGAACUCUGAAGUCUCCAUCCACCUGCUGAGAGCCGUCCGCAACGAGUUCUUCAGGAGGGCCAACUUCAAGACCGUGAAGGUGGUCAGCCGGUUCACGCUGAGCACUCACGAAGACGACAGCCUCCUUCUCCUGCCACGGGCCGGCCAUCAGCGGGAGACCAUCUUGGAAGUGAUCCAGUCAACGCUGGUCCCCGUUUCACUCUGGAUCCUGAUUGGCAGCAUCAUUGGCGGACUCUUGUUGCUGGCCUUGAUCAUCAUCUUUUUGUGGAAGCUUGGAUUUUUCACCCACAAAAAGCCUGGGGAAGAAGAGAAAGAGGACCAAUAACUACGGGGCUUUGAGAGAGGACUCUUCACUCGUUAGAAACGAGCAGCUACGGGGGGGGAAAUCCGGAACGGGCUCUGGUCCCGUCCUCCUCCGACUCCUUUUGAAUCUAUGGAAGCCCAAAGACAAUUUCCUGAGGACUUCCGUCAUCUUCGUUUUCUUUUGGAAAGCUGGAAAAUGCCACCUCCCCUCUGCUGGAGCCACAAU